GGCGGUUGUCUAGGCGACGGGGGAAGCGUUAGGGCGCAGCUGCGGCGCGGCCACUGCUGCCGGCGGAGGCCCAAGGGAAAGAUCUAAACAUGCAUCCUGAAUCGGGAUCGCCGGGCCAGGAAGAUGGGGCGGAGCCUGGGAGCGCGCCGGGGGACUGCAGGAACGGAGAGGGGCUGCUGAUAAGCGGCGCAGAGAUCAAACCUAAGGAGAAAUUGACAGACCCUUCUUCAGAAAAGUGGUACCAAAGUGAGCAGAAACAAAGUGGUGAUCAAAACUCAAAAACACAUUCCCCAAACCAAAAAGCUAAUGAAAAGGAUAAUUGUCAUAGAAUGACAAAAAGUUUCCUUAGAAAACUUUGCAAAGACCAAAAAUUAUAUAUAACUCCAGCAUUGAAUGACACGCUUUAUUUACACUUCAAAGGUUUUGACUGCAUUGAGAACCUGGAAGAAUAUACAGGAUUACGGUGUCUUUGGCUAGAAUGUAAUGGGAUACAGAAAAUUGAGAACCUACAGGCACAGACAGAAUUGCGUUGCCUUUACUUGCAAUUAAAUUUAAUUCAUAAAAUUGAGAAUCUUGAAGCCUUGAAAAAACUGGAUUCCCUCAAUCUCAGUAACAACUUUAUCAAGACCAUCGAGAACUUGUCUUGUCUUCCGGUUCUAAACACACUGCAGAUUGCUAACAAUCACUUAGAAACGGUGGAAGACAUUCAGCAUCUGAAGGACUGCAUAAGUAUUUGUGUGCUGGACCUUUCCAAUAACAAGCUGAGUGAUCCCGAUAUCCUCUCUGUUUUGGAAGCCAUGCCUGAUUUGCGAGUACUGAAUUUGAUGGGAAAUAUGGUGAUUAAGAAAAUUCUGCACUACAGAAGGACUGUUAUUGUUCGACUGAAAGUCUUAACCUACCUGGAUGAUAGGCCCGUUUUUCCAAAGGAGAGAGCAUGUGCAGAAGCCUGGGUUAAGGGAGGAAGUGAAGCUGAAAAGGAAGAAAGGGGGAAAUGGGAGACCAAAGAAAGGAAGAAGAUUGAAGAGAGCAUUGAAGCGUUGGCCACAAUUAGGCGAAGAGCAAUGGAGAAAAAGAAACGGAAAGAAAUGGAGGAGAAAGGAGAGGUUGCCCUGUCAGACAGCAGCAUGGGUGAGGAUCCCAGCGCAGCAGGAGGGCCGCAGUCCCCUGCCAUGGAUGGCGUGCAGCAGAAGAUGGAGAAGUUUGUCCGAGAGAGUUUUGAGGCCCUGGAUGAGGCCUUCCCUGGAGACCCCCAAGUGAGAGCUCAGGCACCCGGGGAAACAAAAGGGGAAGGUGACGGCCAGGAAGACGGCCCAGGCCCAGAUCCAGAAGCCAAAGAGCCAAAGCAUCCGGAGCCCCGAGUGGCCCAGGACGGCGACCGCCAGCCCAGAGGCGGCCACGAGCACCAGCCAGAGCUAGGCCUUACUCCCAAAUCGCUAUUAAAAGCUCCGACUGCAGAGAAGGCAGAACUGGAUGGAUCUAAGAAAUUAGAAACCAUUGACUUGGAGGCAAAGGACAAGCUCUACAUUGAUGAUCUGCCUGAUUUAGAAGACAUAGAAAUUAAUGACAUCUUGUCUGAAAAUUCAGAUGAAAACAAAACCUCUUUUCCAAAAAUUGAAAUAAUUUCUGAAGCAAAUGAUGACAGUGAUCCUGAACUGGAGGAAGGCUGCACAAUUCAGGACAAAACAUCCCAAGAUUCACUUUGUAAUAUAUUUAAAAUAUCCAAAGAUACCUCCAAGAAAACCAUCACGCCACUUACAGAAAUAUUCGAAACAGAAUCAAACAGGGACUCGGAAACCAAAAGUAACCACCCGAAGCUGUCAAAGCCAUUGAUACAAGAGAUCUGUCCAAAUCCAGUAGAGAUGUCACCGAUGUCUCCAGGCUGCAGUGGAGAAAACCAACCAAGUCUUCUCAGCGUGAGCGGGAAGGACCCUUCAGCUUCAGCUUCUCUGUCAGGAAAUAAUACUUCAGAAAAUAAUGUACAGCUUUUGACAGAGACUGAAGAUUUCAUUGUGCAUGGGAUGAAGGAAGGCAAUGAAGACAUUGAAUUUGGGCUAGAUUAAAUAUCAAAGAUGGACAGUGUGGGACAGUUAGCAUUUAUUUUCCCACAGGUAUAUAUGUACACUAGUUUUAAGGUUAGUUAUCUAAAGGACACUGAGGUUGUGGCUCUUAAGAGUUGUCUUUAUUGCCCAGUAAAAAAAAAUAAUGCUGAUUAUUUGGUUUUGUCCCACCACAGAGUCCUAUUUCCACAUAGAUAGCAUGAGGGUGGGGGAAAAAAGAUAUGAGUCUUAGUUAAGUAAGAGUACCAGGAUUUGUGCUCUGACAAGUACUUGUAAGUAAUAGCUAAAGUUGAAUUGAUCUACAUUUAGAAUGUUGACUUAAGCUUUUGUAAAGUAUGUAAACCAGUAUUCCUGAAAUUUAUAGUAUCCUGAAAUUCAUAUGUGCCUUUUUGCUGGUUAACUUAGGUUUACUAUAUUAUAUAACUAUAUUUUCCUUUUGAGCUUUAUAAAAAUUUCAACAUCAA